CAGAUGCAAAACCUUGUUUAGUUUUAUCUUACAGAGCCGAUCUCUCUCUCUCUCUUCUCUCUCUCUCUCUCUGUUUCGUUACGUUUGUUGUCUGUCUCCUCGUAGACUCCCCUCGUUCUUUGAUUCUAUUCUCUUUCGGUUUCUUGAUUUCUUCCCCUUGAGGUUGACCCCAAUGGCGGGGCUGAACGGCCCCUGGCGCAGCUCCGGCUCGUCUGCCAACGCCCAUGGCAGCUUCGUUUGGAGAUUGCUACUCGUCCUUACGGUCCUCCCCAUGGUACUCGCUAUCUAUGCUUUCAUUCUCCAGUGGCGCGGCGGCCUCGACGACCCCGCGUCUAGAUGGGCGGCGGCGGAGGAUCGGAGUUUCCCCGGCAUGGGUGACAGCCCGCUCAGCGUCGGCGGCUCAUCUUCGUUCGCGACAUCACUGCUGUCUACGACGGCGGCGGAUUGCGGUGAAAUCCUCGGUGGAAGCUCCUCGCCCUCUUUCCCUUAUUACCGCGGGUGGAAGUUAGACUUCGAGGCUGAUCCCCGGCCUAAGAUAUGUAUCACAUCAAGCACUUCAGCUGGUCUGGAGCAGAUCUUGCCAUGGUUGUUUUACCAUAAAAUAAUUGGAGUAACAAACUUCCUUCUGUUUGUAGAAGGAAGAGCUGCAAAGCCUAGUGCUUCGGCAGUUUUAGAAUCUAUUCCUGGGGUGAAAAUAAUAUUUAGGACUAGAGAGCUUGAGGAGAAGCAAGCUAAUAGCCGUAUUUGGAAUGAGCAUUGGCUUGCAGGGUUCUUUUACAAGCCAUGCAAUUAUGAACUAUUUGUCAAGCAGUCGCUUAACAUGGAAAUGGCUAUCGUUAUGGCUCGGGAUGCAGGAAUGGAUUGGAUCAUCCAUCUUGACACUGAUGAGUUGAUACAUCCAGCUGGGGCCCAAGAGUACUCUUUAAGACAAUUGUUAUCUGAUGUUCCUAGCAAUGUUGAUAUGGUGAUAUUUCCAAAUUAUGAAAGUAGCAUUGAGCGGGAUGAUAUUAAAGAUCCUUUUAGCGAGGUCUCGAUGUUUAAGAAGAACUAUGAUCAUCUUCCGAAGGAUACCUAUUUUUCAAUGUACAAGGAAGCAACACGCGGUAAUCCUAACUAUUUUCUGACCUAUGGAAAUGGAAAAUCAGCUGCUCGAGUUCAAGAUCAUCUUCGCCCCAAUGGUGCUCAUAGGUGGCAUAACUAUAUGAAGUCCCCUAAUGAGAUCAAGUUAGAAGAAGCUGCUGUGCUGCAUUAUACUUACACAAAAUUUUCAGAUUUAACUUCGCGGCGUGACCGUUGUGGCUGCAAGCCAACCAAGGAUGAUGUCAAGAGAUGCUUCAUGUUGGACUUUGACAGAGAUGCUUUCAUUAUUGCAUCAACUGCAACUGAGGAGGAAAUGCUGCGCUGGUUCCGUGAGCGUGUUGUGUGGACUAAUAGGCAGCUCAACUUAAAACUUCUCAGAAAGGGCAUCUUGACUCGUAUAUAUGCUCCAAUGGCCAUUAUUCAAAGUUUGAGGGCAUCCGGCAUUUUUAGCUCUGCAAUUACCUCUGCAAACAAGCUUUCAUCAAUGGAAAACUUUCAGAACAAUAAUUCUUCUGUGCUUGCAACCUCUGUUGAAUCUCAGGCUCGUCGAAAAGUCCUCCAGAUUUUCGAUACUUCUGAGGCAGCUUUUCCACCUCUAUCACCUCCAGGUCUUAAUGAUCUGGAUUUAUCUUCAUGACUGACCUUGAUGAGUUGCUCUUCGGUGUUACAUACCUGAGAAGGUUCCAGACUAGCAGAUAGAAAAAGCUACAAGAUAGAAUGGAACCUCUGUCGUUGCACCGAUCGUCUUCCCGAUCUCGUAUCAUCCAAGCGCUGGUUAUUUUUUCUGUACUGAUUUUAUUUUUUUUUUUUCUUUUACUUUUGAAAAUAGGUAGAAUAGAAUUUGAUUAGUUAUACUUGGGAAUAAAAGCGAGUUUGAUUGCUUGUAUUCCCUACUGAGCCCGCAUUGCGGUUCUUAGCAGUUAUGUAUAGGGAUUAUUCUUCGGGAUAAUUUCAAAUGAAUCUCUCAUGAUUCUACCAUAAAAUUUUUAUUAUUUGUUAUUUUGAUCUAAAAUUGUUUUCCUGUGA